AUGGUCUCAUCAGUUUCCUAUAUUGUGGUGGGUGGGGAACAAGUGGUUUGUAAUCCCACAACCACAGGCAAGUCCGUCACCUUACCCACUGUCACUGUCAAAUCCGCCGAGAUGAUCGUGAGGUCCUUUUUAGGAUAUGAUCCAGUCGAUGCCCAAUACAAAGUCUUGUGCUUGACCAAUAUUAAAGAGGUUUGUCAACACCAAGUGCUCACACUGGGAUCUGCUCAAUGGAGAAUGAUCCAUUUUUGCUCCACUCCUCACUAUGCUCUAGGGACUAACUACGUGUGCGUAGGUGGCGUUUUGUAUUACACUGCUUCCACCUCUUAUGACAUGAAGGAACCAUUAUUGGUCGGAUUUGAUCUGAGGUCUGAAACUCUGGAAAUUGCCUCCACGUUUCCCGAGGGCUAUAGAUACGGAAAGUUCCGAGAUGCAAAUUUGAUAAACCACCAUGGCAAAAGUGGCUCUUGUCCCUCGAUGUGUGGAAGUAAUCGAUCCUUUCAGUAUGUGGGUUUUAGAGGAUGCCGAGAAACGAGAGUGGUCGGAAAGACGCCUGUGGCGAUUUGGAAAUGGCGGGGGCUUCUGGUCUGGGGGAGUUGGAGUUUUUCUGUGCACCCAUCGAAUUUGGAAAGUCGUUUUGUGUCUACUUUUGGGAUCACAUAA